AUGACGGGCUCGUUCCGACCACUUAAUGCGCACGAAUGGGCAGCUCAAACAUACGUCCGCGCGCAAGAGCGGCUUGUUGAAGCGGCAGCAGCCAACGACGUUCGGACGCUCAAAGCUCUCAUCGCUGAUAUACAACAGCGGAAGCAGGCUGAAGAUGCAGACAUUCGCGUUGAGGAACCCGAGGCAGCAAAGGCUGGAGACUCUGCAGAGGAACCGCUUGACCUUGACGCGAGGGAUUGCACAGGUCGCACGCCUCUACAUGUUGCGAUUCUGGCUGGAGCACGUGGCUCUGCGCUCGAGUUGAUUGACGCUGGCGCGCGCAUGGCACCACGACUCGUCGGCGGGCGCACAUCACUCCACCUGGCAGCGCAGGCGGGGAUGGACGUCGUCGUACAGGCACUACUCGCUCGAAGCGAGCGGAAUCGUGCCGAGGCUGAAGCGAAGGGUACAUCCGUCGAGGCGGAAAGCAUGGCAGUCGACGACUCUGAGGGCGAGCAGGAGGAGGGCAGCGAGGGAGAGUCUACGGAAGAGGAGGAAGAAUGGGAGCAGGUCAAACGCUCCGACGCGCGCCCUACAACUUCGCCAUCGGAGUCUGCUGAUGCGCUCGAGGACCCACCCGCUGAUGCGCCCGACAUCCUCGAUCUCACCGCACCAGACUGGGACUUCGGCUUCUCUCCACUCAUCUACGCCAUCCUCGCCGGCUCCCUCUCCUCUGUCAAUAUCCUCCUCGAAGCUGGCGCACCGGCUGACAAACCCACAAAGAACGGUUUACAUCCGCUCGCUGCAACCAUCUUCACGCGUGAGAGCGCUGCUGCUGCAGAGAUUGCUCGGGCGCUUGUGGAGAAGGGCGCCAGCUGUACCGUUGCCGAUGGGAACUGGCUCUCUAUUCUCCAUCUGAUUGUUGCAACACCUGGCCGCUCAGAUGUCGUGCGCGCGCUACUCGAGUCUGACACUAAAGGCGCCCGUGCAGCGCAAGAUGCUUCAGCGUGGCAAAGCAGCUACAUCGUGCACCCGUUUGGAACUGCAGUAGCGACAGGGAACUAUGCCGCCGUCGCAGUACUCGCUGCCUUCGGCGCCAAGAUGGGGUUGGUCGAGGAGGACGUUUCGCGUGCCGUCGAUACGCGAAAGCAGCGCGCUUGGAUCGGCAACGCUAAGGACUGGCGCGAGUGGGUGCACCAUCCGCUCGAGGCCGCGCUAGCGCGAGGUGAAGGGAUCGAAGGCAUCAAGAUGCUGCUCUCACUGGGUGUGAAAGCUGAUGCGCCGCCACGAGCGGCCAUCGAGCUGGGACCUGAGGAUGAUGUUGGAAGGCGAUAUGCUUCGCUCGCGGAUUGGGCUGGUCAGGCGAGGAAAGCUGUUGACGCUGCCAUCAAGCACAAGACGGAGGGGCCGAAGGAUACCGCACCGGCAUCAUCAACAUCAAGCGCCGACCCUUCGCAAGCGACGAGCUGGACCGAGUGGCGUGCCGCUAUGAUUGACAUCGUCAAGUCUCUGCGGUUACCGGAGAACUACUCUGGGCCCAAGAUGCUUCGACUUGGAGGCUCUCGGGGCGACUCGGAUGAUGGUCCGUUGGAGAAGCGUAGUCUUCCUGAGCUCGAGCGCAUGCACGAUCAUUACGUGGCACUCGAAGCCUUACUUCGCGAGCAACCUGGCGUCCCACCCGCCCCAACGUUUGAGGAGAAGGUAGAGGAGAAGAAGGAAAAGAAGGAGGACAACGAGUACAUCGAAUAUCGUCGCCUAGAUCGCUUUACGGCCUAUGACGCCGUCCCAUCACAUCUUCGUGCGCGAUAUGACAAACUGUAUGAAGCCGCGUGGACGGGAGACAACAAGACAAUCCAGGAGUUUUGCGUAUCUGGCGAAGAGCCGAUACAGAUCGCUGUCAUGGCCACCAAUGCGCAUCCGCAUGGAGACAUCUGGCCUGGACGUCAAGGCUACACACCUCUCAUGGUUGCUAUAGAGCGCAGACAUUGGGACACAGCGAAGCUGAUCCUUAGCAUCGCGGAAGCUCAACACAAGCCCGACGACGCUCAAACUUCCGCCACCGAAGAAGAGUUCUCAGACGAUGAAUCUGAGUCAGAGUCCAUGGAUAUCGACGAAGAAGACCCUGAGCCGAAGCCCAUCGACUUCACUGACAUCGCCGCACGUCCAUCCAAGAUCCAGUGCCGCGCUUCACCCUCGGACUUGCUUGAUAUCGAAGGCGGCUGGCCGGCCGACGGCAAGCUUGCGACGGCUACUGCUCUGCAACGGACUGUAUACGACGGUGACAUCGAUACAUUCAAGCACAUCCUCGAGCUCUAUCAGCACGCUAAGGUCGACCCUGCGGGCAAGUGGGCGACAUUCGGCGUGAUUCUUCGCCAGGACCGUCCGGAGUUCCUGGACGCGUACAUCCGCAAGACCGGGUCCGGCAUCUAUCCCUCGCGUACUAGUCUCCCUACAAUCGAGCUUGAUACGGACGAUGCUGAUGGUGUGGAGGUGGAGAAGAAGAAACGCGUAUACCUUGGCCUGGACUGGCAUGGUGUGAAGCACUCAGAGCGGGGCAAGAUCCAGCCGGUACGACUCGCGCUCGGUCCAAUCUCCAGUCCAACAGCACGUCAGGCUGCAGACCAUGGUUCUCUCAAGGUCCUGGAGUACCUCUCGAGCUCUCGUCCACUCGCUGCGUACCGCGCUUUCAUAACUGCACAUCCCGACAAGAAGAGCGCGCGGGACAUCAUGAAUGCCAAGUUCAGUGGUUUGACGCCGCUACUCGCCGCUGUACGGGCCGGCGUCAAGCCAGAACUGUUCGACUUCUUGAUUGAACGAGGUGCAGAACCGGCGGACCGUGAUGCCCGAGGCUGGAACGCCUUCCAUAUACUUUCUGUCGUGAGCGAGAGGGAGCAAGAGACGUACGAGAAGUACGAGACACUGGCGAAGCACCUAGUGCAGAAGCUACCGCAAGAGCUCGUGCUCUCUCUUCUUGCUCAGCAGUCUCGUGGCGCCCUGAACACACCCUUGGCGCUUGCUGUAAAGAAGGAUCGCCCUUCACUCCUCGCGCUCUUCAUCUCUCUACCGCUUCCCGACUCCAUCUACCUAUCGCGCGACGCUUCCGCCUCAACCGCACUUCAUGCAGCCGCUCAACGCGAUCAUGCACACUUCGUUCGCGCUUUGACCGCUGGGGGCCCCGCUGAGCUGCUGCAUGCCGAGAACGGCGUCGGUCAGACUGCCACUGAGGUCGCGGGUUUGCGACUUCUCAACAAGUGGACAGAGACCGGCAGCGGUUCGCUGCCAUCGUUGAAGUGGGACUUGCCGAUCAAACAGAGCGAUCUUGCCAAACUCGAGCACCCUCGUCCGGAUAAGAGCCUGCGUAGGCGCACGGAGGAGCUUCGGCAUGAACUCGACGUACUGCUCCAGACUGGGAAGCUCAACCGCUCGGCAAAUCUCGGCAAGGCUCUGCUCGCGUUCGCAGAAGCGCUGGAGGCGAAGCUACCAACAGUAGCCGUCGACGAAGGUGUGAAGGGCAACUAUACCUCACAGGGCGCUGUGGAGGAGACGUACUGGAUCCUCUUCGAUGCAGCCCGCGCGCGACCGACGAAGCGCGGACUUGUGCACGUUCUCGACGUCCAACGCUCGGUUGAACAUAAUGUCAGGCAGGCGGCGCUCGACCGGGAGGAGGAGAAAGCAGCGUACGCUCCCUACCAGGAGCGGGUGGAUAGUAUCGAUGAUCAGCUCAAGGACGCCAGUAUCUUCAAGGAGGUGAACUUGAGAUACAUGAAUCGCCGCAUCAUGCGCGGAAAUGGUUCUAUCAACUGGUUUGUGGAUGUGGACGAAGUGUAUUAG